UAGGCAGUCUGCACUGAACUUUGUGCGAGAUGAGUUCUAUUGUGUUGCAUUGUCGACGAAAGUAGAACGCGCAAGAAAUAUCCGCAGUGAUGUUGUCCUCAUCAGAGUCAGUACUAGUGUUCCAAGAUCAUUUUCGUCUAGUUUGGAGAGUGAACAUCAUCUCUGUAUAAUCUGUUCAUGAUAGAGAGAUAGCUUUCAUCUCUGUUAGAGAGUCCUUCGAGAGUCCUUCUAAUUCAUCUCUGUUAGAGAGUCCUUCGGAAGGUGAUAUGAAAAAAGUGCUGCCCUUCGGAAGUCGAAAGAUAAAAUGCGAUGAGAGUGAGGUAAUCUUCUAUCAAUCAAUCAGUCAAUCAAGUCAGCAUGCUUCUAGUUAUUUUCACUAUCCUCUGUCUUCGUCGUCAGGUGAGUGGAGAAUAGAAGUCGUCGACGGCUAGUGAUAUAUUUCGUGUGACUUUAUUUUGUAUCCCCUCCAUCGUAGUGGUAUCCCCACAGGAGUCGACAUUCGCCUGUAGAAGUAGCUGGUAGUUUUCCUAGUGCUACUUUUUGGAAAAAUUUUUUCGUUGAUUGAAGCAAGCUUCUUGAUCUGUGUUUUGACAUCAAUGAUAUCUUUCUCGCGAAGUCACAUGACCAACAGACCAUUUCUUCUAUUCAUGUAAGUAAUAAUUUGACUUCUGCAUCAACAAGAUUUUUACUUAGCGUUAGCUACAGACCACUGUCUCAGCCCCUCAAACGGCCACGUUUUACUCAGAAAAGAUGUCCCGUAAAGCGGCGGGAAAGGAGGUGUCGAAAGACGAAAAGUUGGUCGUCUUGCUGGAUCGGGUUGCCGCCAACUUACUCGAGGAAAGACCAGAAGCAGGCGAAGCGGCGGUAUGAUUCACUCAUAAGCUUAGAGAUGAAACUAUUUCUAGAUCGUUGGUUCUUCGAUGGAUUAUGUCCUUGUCCCCCAUUGUUCUGAUUCAGGAAACAACUACCACAUGAUCUAAAAAGUUUUCAUCCACAUGGUCCUAGUACACUUUUUCUUCAACUCCCACAUUUUCUUCAACUCCCACAGUGGAAGAACGUCCUCGAAACGUUGUACGAGCAGCAUCCUCUGCACGCUGGUCAGAUGGAAAGGAAACGGCUGUUGCGGCACCGUGAGAAACUCGAACGAACUCUGGUCAGUGCGCGAAAAGCACUGACCAGUGUGGGGAAUCAGUAAGGUUACUGAAGACAGAUCUUUGUCAUCACAGGAGGUCUUCACACGUGGUAGACGUGGGGAAUCAGUAAGGUGAUUCAAGAUGUGGGGAAUCAGCAAGCUCGUGUGAGCGGACGCAAGGUCGUGAUGGACCACGGAGGGAGCAUGGACGAGAGACUUUCUGAUUCGAUUAUUCUCUUCGUUGUACUUGCAUGGAAGAUCAUAUCGUGCAGCAGCACGUUCAUCUUGUCAAGGUUUUUUCACCUCAUUCGUGUUUUUUGAAAUUAAAACAUCUUCAAGGCUUGACAAGCUUUCCCGAAAUUAGAAGAACAAAGAAUUCGUAAGACUACAACUCGUCUAGUACAGGAGCACCAUAUCAACACCCACCUAGGUCGUCCAGAAUCGAUCAUUUUUCUAGUUUAUCAACAUCUGAUUAACAUCAAGUUCAACAUUCUGGUUAACAACAUUACAGUACAACAAGAAUUCGUGGUUACACCGCUAGAACAAGGCAUUAGGGUAAAGAUUGCAGGAAUCAACAUUGUCAGUGACAUUCAUCCGAUUUAUACGCUGUCAACCCAGCAACAGCAAGAACGGAUAGCGCUUUCUCUUAUACAGUGUAGAGGGUUCCGAGCGGCAGUCGUAAUCACAACUGGCAGAAUCGGUCCGAAGAUGAAGUAGUCUGUAAGAACAUAGAUUGUUC